UCGCGGGCGCACAUAAUUGUUCAUUUGGAUUUCUAAAAAUUGAUGCUAGCGUAGCACUGCAAUCGCUUAAGCAUUUGCAAUAUAUUUCUAUUAUCAUAACGUUGAACUGUUGUCUUGUUUUAAAUGCAAACCAACGGUUUUAAUCAGAAUUUGUAAAGGCUUUCUGGAAGCUGAUGGAGUGAACGAUCUGGCGAACCGCGCUCUACUUGAUAGAUGAGAUGUGGUAAUAUGGCCGAUUCCCACAGUAAUUCUUCGACCGGUAGCAGUAACAACUCUGGAAGCACGAGUCAAUCCGCAGAGAAAGGAAAAGCUGCAAGAACCUCAAAAGGAAGCUCUACUCAAUCGCGAAACUCUGAAUCAGCCUCGUCUUUGUGGCCUCCAAAGUGGCUUUCUGGCUUCGAUGGUCCUAGGAGCGAACUGUAUGAUUCCGUAGACGAUGAUCGCGAGCUUGCUGCAAAAGCAGUAGCCAUUGUCGUGAACUCUACUCGAAAGGGUGUAGUUUCUUUAUGUGCAGAAGUUGCAAGUCUUUUGAAAGCCAAGAAAAGGCUAGAACUUGCUCUUGCUGCAUACAGAAAGGGUGGUUUGUCUUUGCAUAUUGCUAGUUCAGGCAGUAAUGGUCAUCGCAUGUCAAGUUCAACUGGGUCAGGCACAUCACUUUCUUCUAAAGAGAAAAACACCACUCAAUCCAAGCCCUGCCGCAAGUCACUUGUUAAUAACAGUACCAACACUGAAAUAACUCCCUCUUCAUUAAAAAAUGCUUCUGUGCAGACUGACGAAGACUAUAAAGCUCUCCUUGCAGAAGAGAGCACUCCUGCACUUGAUGACCAGAAUCACGCACACAGAGUACAUUUUGAUGAAAGUGAGCUGAGAUGUUUGCAAACUAUACAAAGUGAGCUGCACAAAGCCAACAGAAGAAAUGCUGAGCUUGAACUUGAACUUUACACAGCAAGAGCAGAACUAAAGGCUCUCAAAGAGAAAUAUGUUUUGCCUCAGCUGACCAACCUGAAGGGACAAAACCGUAUCACCAAUCCUUUAAACACAGUAAAUUCAAAAACAAAGAUUAUCAAAGCAAAGUCAGGUCAAAUGGAAACCCUAAACCAUGAAAGUGAAUUUCCACAAAUACCGAACGGAAGUGAUAAUCUCCAAGGCAGAGUCCAUGACAUGACAUGUAACUUAAAAAGCUGUAUAAAGCACAGAAAUAAAGGUGUAUGCCGCCCAUUCUCAACGCCUUUUAAAGUCUAUCCGACCUCUGUCAGAGAAUCCACCGUGUUACCAAAUACUGCAAGCUUCUAUAAGGGUCAGUGCUUCCUUCUUCCACAAAGUGAUCCUCCUUCAGAAACUGCACAAAGCAAUGACAAGGAGCUGCAUUCCAAGGCUGAGGCUUUUAAAGUAAUACCAAGCUUAGGGGAUUACGUUGUUGUUCAAGGAGAAAUCAAGGGCAUCAUUAAGUAUCUUGGUCCUAUUAAAGGGGAACUCUCAAGUUAUGCUGGUGUUCACUUGGAUUCUCCAGUUGGCAAUAAUGAUGGCACUUUGAAUGGUGUGCGCUAUUUCUUUUGUCCUCAAAACUACGGUGCAUUUGUUCUUUUGGAGGAUAUUAUGUCGCACCAGACAACAAAAUCAAGGCAAUGCCGAUCCUGUAACUCAUCACCUCCAGUAGAGCGAAACAAGGUAGAGCCGACUAUUGCAUAGGCAAUACACCAGAGAUGCACCUCAGGUACACUCCAAACAACUUAAUAAGGCUGAUGAUUCUACACUCUAGACAACUUAGGCUGAUGAUUCUACACUCUUAGACAACUUAGGCUGAUGAUUCUACACCCUAGAAAACUUAAUAAGGCUGAGGAUUCUACACUAUAGACAACUUAGGCUGAUGAUUCUACACCCUAGAAAACUUAAUAAGGCUGAGGAUUCUAAAGUCUAGACAACUUUAUAAGGCUGAUAAUUCUGCACUCUUGACAACUAAAUAAGGUCCACAAUUCUACACUCUAGACAACUUAAUAAGGUCCAUAAUUCUACACUCUAGGCAACUUAAUAAGGCUGAUGAUUCUACACUCUAGACAACUGAAUAAGGCUGAUAAUUCUAUACCGGGCAACUUAAUAAGGUUGAUAAAUCUAUACUCCAGACAACGUAAAAGUUGUGGUUAAUUCUAAAAAAGAUAGACAUUUACAAGUACAACUUGGAAAGCUAAUUUGACGAUGAUUGAAUAAUUUUCCGAUCGAUGAUAAUGCAUGUAUUCUAAACCAAUAAGAUUAAUUCAAAGUCUUUAACAAGUUACUGAACUAAUACAAAGGGAACGGUCGGGAAUCCAUUGGUUUUUGCGUCCGCCAAAGGUUUGUACCACUAGAUUCUCGGACAGGCUAAUGAAUUGAAAAACCUGAAAUAACUACUAAAUUCCUUGAUGACGGUUCAGCGUCGCCCGGAACGAAGUUUAGUUCUCUAGGAAAUCUUUGAGAAAUAUCGCUAAUGAGAUAUUGAUAAUGUUUUGGAUAAUGUUGUUUCAAGAUUGAGGUUUGCAGCAAUCUUGAGUUCGCUUUCGCUGUUGCUUUCUGUGAAUGGUGGUCACGUGACUGUCGCUGUUUUUGUCGCUGUGUGAUGUUGUGAACUGUUACGACAACGAGGCCGCAAAAUUUGUCUGCGCUUUGACGCUCAUUAGCCGUUUCCUAAUAACGCUCCACUUCUGACAGAAAAAGGCAAAUUAAAAUCGGGCCCUAUGCCAACCUUGUUACAUUAACUCAAGUGUUCUGUUAUACUAGCACAGGGCCUUGAUGUAAGACUUUUCAUAGGGACUUUAAUAUGUUAUUCGGAAAUGAGCUAUUCUGGACGAACGGCUGAACCAUGGUAUAUCAGACAGAGCGCAUUCUCACAUGCCGCCAAUUGAAUCCUCGAAUCAAUUCUUUUGUUUUCUGUCGUCUCCGUUGUCAAUUUUGGUACUUGAUAUUUUUCCGUGAACGCUCGUAGAGUAUUACAUGAUAGACUAUUUCUCUAAAUAAUAGGGAAGGUUAAUUUUUUUUAGAAGAAUAGAAAGGCACACAAACUACCGUGGAUUCUUGGAAUCAACGAGUAAUGUUAUGGAUAGAAACUGAGCUUUGACUACCUGAUGGCCCUGAAAAGAUAUGAAACAUUUGUGAUGAGGGUUAUUCUAUCCGAUUUUAUCAAAAGUUUGAUUUUUCUGUUAGUUAGAUGGGGGUAUUUGCAUCGUCAUAUCAGAUAUGGUAGUCAUCAAAACCCUAGUUUUUAAUCAGACGGUAAAUGAGAAACGUGGAAAAGAAAAGGGAUUAUAUCUUACUCGCCCUUCAAACGUACGAACACUCAUUUGCUUUAUUUUCACCACUGUGACCCAUUUGAAUCCACUAUUUCUCUACUAGUUUUAAACAUUUCUUCGUAGGUAGCUUGAAUAUUUAAUUAUUAGUAUUUAUUUAAAAUAUAUUUAUGUGUUAGAAAAGUUCCCAUUUGUCGAAACUAAAUAGUCACAUUGACUUUAAAUUUUGUGUAUUAAAUGAUGGGCGUAACGGAUUUAAAAUCACACGUUCUGUGGAAAUAGGGAGAAGUUACCAGUUAGAGUACAAGUGAUAGGUAACUCAAUGCAAGAGCUGUUUUGUGUGUCCUUUACGGGAGCAUUGCUUUUGUGGUGCGUGAUACGUGUAACUGUUUUGUGACUUUGUGAACAUGUUACGUGUUUUGUAGACAACGCUCACCGGAAAUUGUUGAAGCAACCAAGUUUCUGUUACAAUAUUAUUGAAUUGAAAAUUCAACUGGAGUUUAUUUUUUGAAUUGUAGGCAUUUUGUAGUUUUACAGUUUAUUCAAAAUAAAAGCUGUUUUGUAAUAA